AUGAACAAGCCGCGAAGAAAAUAUAAAGAUUACGAUGAGAGCUUACUAAACAUUGCUGUAGGUCUCGUUGAAAAUAAAAAUAUUACUUCAUACGACGCUGAGAAACAAUUUGGUAUCCCUCGCCGCACGAUUUUAAAUAAAGUAAAACAAAAACACACGAAAAAAGUCGGAUGUCCCACCAAACUGCCACCAGCUGAUGAACAGAAAAUAGUCAGUUGUUUAGUUCUUUGUGGAGAAUAUGGGUAUCCUGUUACUAGCUUUGAAUUAAGGUCAAUCGUACAUGAUUACUUAAUCAAAAAUGGACUCAGUAAUAUUUUUAACAUCAAAAUGCCGGGUCAGAAGUGGGUAAGAAACUUCUUGAAACGCCACAAAAAUGUCCUGACGGUGCGUUCUACAAAUAAUAUUAAAGAAUCCCGAGCUAGUAAGAGUGUAAAGGACUACAAUACAUAUUUUGAAAAUUUGAAGAUUUCAUUGCAUAAUGUCAAACCAGAUCAUAUAGUGAACUAUGAUGAGACCAACUUUUCCGAUAACCCAGGAUCUCAAAAAUGCAUAUUUAAAGCAGGUACUAAAUACCCAAACAAAACACUAAACAAUACCAAGACGGCGAUAUCUGUUAUGUUCUCAGCUACGGCAGGUGGAGAAAUUUUCCCACCAUAUGUCGUAUACAAAGCAGACAAUUUGUGGACAAAUUGGUGUGCAAACGGGCCUGAAGGAACCAGAUACAACAAAACCAAAUCUGGUUGGUUCGAUUCGUAUACUUUUGAAGAUUGGUUUAAUACCAUAAUCAUCCCAUGGGCAGUGAAAACCACUGAUCCUAAAGUUUUAAUUGGAGACAAUUUAUCGUCACAUAUGAAUAUAAAUAUAAUAACUAAGUGUGAAGAACAUAAUAUCAGAUUUAUCUUUAUGCCACCUAACUCCACUCACCACACUCAACCUCUUGAUGUGGCCUUUUUCGGCCCAUUGAAGAGAGAAGGAGGAGAAUUUUAA